ACGGUUCCGAUGAAUACGUUUUGCCGUCAGAUUAGUGAAAAAUCAACAGUCUCAAUUGUUAAUCGUCUCAAGGCGAAAUAUCCUUCCGUGUUCAGCUCAACACUUGGCCGCUGUCUUAAGACCAAGGUGAAACUAGAUCUCAAGCCGAACCAGAUACCAGUGUUUCGUCCAAAGCGACCAGUUGCAUAUUCAAUGUACCGCUCUGUCGACGAAGAGCUCGACCGUCUGGAAAGAUUAAAUAUCAUCUCACCUAUCGACUACUCGGAGUGGGCUGCUCCGAUCGUGGUCGUACGUAAGGCAAAUGGUGCAAUUAGGAUUUGUGGGGACUACUCGACCGGAUUGAACAAAGCUUUGCAACCUCAUCAGUACCCCCUUCCGCUUCCGCAAGAUAUAUUCGUGAAACUUGCUAAUUGUAAAUUCUUCAGCAUAAUUGAUAUGUCUGAUUCAUAUCUACAGUUGGAAGUAGACGAGGCGUCAAGUUUACUUUUAUCGAUCAAUACUCAUCGAGGCAUUUAUAAAGUGAAUCGUCUAGCACCCGGAGUGAAAACAGCACCUGGAGCAUUCCAGCAACUAGUGGAUACUAUGUUGGCUGGUCUCAAGCAAACUUGCGGUUACAUUGAUGAUAUCGUAGUUGGCGGAACUACUCAGGAAGAGCAUUGGAACAACCUCAACGCACUUUUUCAACGAUUACAAGAAUUUGGAUUCACAGUGCGAUUAGAAAAAUGCUCGUUUGGCUGUAAACAAAUUAAAUACUUGGGGCACUUACUGGAUCAACAUGGAAUACGUCCCGAUCCUGCUAAAAUCGAAGCGAUUAAGCAGAUGCCAGCUCCUACUGAUGUGUCCGGAGUACGUUCGUUUCUCGGAGCUAUAAACUAUUAUGGAAAAUUUGUUUCGAAUAUGCGUUCUCUUCGUUACCCCCUCGACGAACUUCUGAAGACAUCUACCUGCUUCAAAUGGACAUCCGAAUGCGAUCGUGCAUUUAAUACAUUCAAGCAAAUUCUUUCGUCUGACCUGCUUUUAACACAUUACAACCCUUCUCUGGAGAUCAUAGUCUCUGCGGAUGCGUCAUCGAUUGGCCUUGGAGCGACCAUCAGUCAUCGUUUUCCGGAUGGUUCGGUCAAGGUUGUUCAGCAUGCUUCUAGAGCGCUAGCACCCGCCGAGCGCAACUACAGCCAGAUCGAUCGAGAAGGACUUGCCAUCAUAUUUGCGAUUACAAAAUUCCAUCGCAUGCUGUUUGGUCGUAAAUUUCUGUUGCAAACAGAUCACUCACCGCUCCUACGCAUCUUUGGCUCAACCAAGGGUAUUCCAGUAUACACUGCAAGCCGUCUACAGCGCUGGGCCCUCACACUACUUAUGUACGAGUUUGAAAUAGAGUAUGUGGCUACAGACAAGUUCGGGCAUGCUGAUAUACUGUCAAGGCUAAUCAACCACCAUGUAAAGCCCGAUGAAGAUUAUGUCAUAGCAGCAAUGACACUUGAAAAUGACGUCAGGUCAGUAGUUUCCGAAUCCUUCGACGUUUUACCUCUCAGUUUCAGAACAGUACGAGACAGAACUCACAGAGAUCCGGUCCUCAGCAAGGUUUACCGAUUCAUUCAGGAGGGCUGGCCGAAAGCACUACCAGCCAACCUAGAUCGCGAGCUUCAACGUUAUUUAAAUCAACGAGAUUCUCUUACAACAGUGCAAGGGUGCAUUCUAUACAACGAUCGUCUGGUAAUACCUUCGCUGCUUCGCAAGCAAUGUCUCAACCAAAUUCAUCUAGGCCAUCCAGGAAUCGGACGGAUGAAAGCAGUGGCCCGAAGCUACGUGUUCUGGCCAUCACUGGACGUUGAAAUUGCAGAAUACGUACGAACGUGUGUGCAUUGCGCUGCAGCCGCCAAAUCACCAGCGCAUAUUCCACCAGUACCCUGGCCAAAAUCAUCGUCUCCCUGGCAGCGGGUCCAUGUUGACUAUGCCGGACCCAUCGAUGGUGAAUAUUUUCUCCUAGUCGUCGAUUCUUACUCCAAGUGGCCUGAAAUUGUACAGACACGGCGAAUCACAAGUACAGCAACGAUCAACAUUCUACGUGGCCUGUUUGCACGCCUGGGAAUGCCAGAGAAGCUAGUAUCCGACAAUGGUACCCAGUUCACCAGUAUUGAGUUUAAGCAGUUUUGUGCUGAAAACGGUAUUGAUCAUGUCACUACCGCACCGUUUCACCCUCAAUCAAACGGUCAGGUUGAACGGUUCGUCGAUACUUUCAAGCGUGCAAUUAAUAAAAUUCAAGAAGGGAGAGGAUCAAUUAACGCUGCAUUGGAUACAUUUCUGCUGACGUAUCGAAGUACACCAAAUCAAUCAGCACCAAAUGGUUUGUCACCAUCGGAAGUGAUGUUCGGUCGACGCCUAAGAACGUGUUUGGAACUUCUACGUCCUCCACCGAACUGUACGCAAGAAUCGCUCCAGCACCAGCAAGUAGCUUCACGGUCCCUGAACAAAGGAAAUGCCGUGUUCGUGAAGGUUUAUGCUAAAAAUACUUGGAAAUGGAUUCCGGGUACCGUCAUCGAGAAAGUUGGUCGAGUGAUGUACAACGUUGUGGGAGAAGGUCAUCGUCUUGUUCGGUGUCAUAUCAACCAGCUUCGGAAUCGAAGACAUUCCGCUAAUGCAUCCGGAACAAGCCUGCAGACUACGACACGACAGUUACCAUUAAGUAUCCUGCUCGAUGCCUGGGAAUUACCAACAACAACAACAACAACGAGUACUCCUCGAUCUGAAGUAACACCGAAAGCAGCUUUAACCAGUGACACUGUCAGAACCCCGUCGUUGUCACCGUCGUUCCCUGAGACUUCAGACAGUCAACAGCUAUUACCAGAUAUGUCGUCAACCGCUACAACCACAUCUACUUCUGAGACUGUUACGGCAGUUACACCAAGUGUACAUCAACCCUGGCGCUCUUCGCGAGUCCGAAGACCACCUAAGCGGUAUACCCCGUAUCAACGCUACUAG